CUCCGUCUGCCCGAGGCUGUCUGGUGGGUGUGUCCCCCGGCCCGAGCGCCCAGCUACCGCCGCAGGCUCGCUCAGCCCCCGGGGCUCGUUCCUAGCGGCAUGUCGUCGCAGAAGAAAGGCCGCGGCCUUCCCCGCGCGAGCGGCGAUGGCGACUACGAGGGCGCCGGCCCCAGCGGCAGCGACGCGAGCGACGGCCCCAGCACCAGCGGCGGCGGCGGCGGCCUCGGCUUCAGCCAAGCCCGCGCCCAGGCCCUGGCCCAGGCGGGCCCCUCGCAAGCGGAUGACGUCAUGGAGGAGGCGGAGUGCGAGGAACCCGGGCCCACGGCCACCCCGCCAAUGCCCUCCACCUCGUCCUCCUCGUCCUCCUCCUCCCAGGCCCAGAAGAAGCCGGCCAAGCGCACCGAGGCCCAGAUCCAGCAGAAGGUGAACGAGCUGGUGCAGUUCCUGCUGGUGAAGGACCAGAAGAAGCUGCCCAUCCGCCGGGCCGACAUGGUGAAGACCAUCCUGCAGGACUACAAGGACCUGGCUUCGGUGAUCAUCGAACGCGCCGGCCGCAUCCUGGAGGAGGUCUUCGGGCUGCAGCUCAGAGAGAUAGACCAGAAGUACCACGCCUACAUCCUCAUCAACAAGCUGGAGCGCCUCGAGGGCGACGGCAUGAAGAUGGACGAGAGCGUGGCCAAGAUGGGCCUGCUCAUGGUCAUCCUCAGCCUCAUCUUCAUGAAGGGCAACUCGGCCAGGGAGUCUCUGGUCUGGGAUGUGCUCAAGAAGCUGCGCGUGGAUCCAGAGAAGAGGCACAAGACCUUCGGGGACGUGAAGAAGCUCGUCAAGGAUGAGUUUGUCCGCCAGAAGUACCUGGAGUACAAUCGAGUCCCCCACACCGAACCUCCGGAAUACGAGUUCCUCUGGGGACCCAGGGCGGCCCACGAGACGAGCAAGAUGCAGGUGCUUCGCUUCGUGGCAAAGAUUCAGAACCGGGAGCCUUCCAGCUGGGUGUCCCAGUACAACGAAGCCCUCCAGGAUGAAACGGCAUCAGCUUCCGCGGCUGGGACUGGCAACUAACCCCCACCUCACCCCCACCCCCACCCCCCCGGGCCAGUCUCUGGUACCAGGGAAACGAAUUUCCCCAAGUCGUGAAAGCGUAUUUGCAUGUGAACCACAGGCCAUCUCUCCAUCACACUGGAAUUGAUCUGACAACGGGCCUUCAGAUUUUAUGUAGAACUGCCUUUGUGUCCAGAGAUGUCUCUGUUAAUCAAUCAGUUGUUAGAUGUUACUUAUGACACCUUUCCUUCCCGGGGUCCAACGUCAUUCAACAUUUCCUCUCUUCUCUCUACCAGAACCUAGGACUUUUUGGAACAAGAAUCUUCCUCCUUUGAACUACUUCUUCUUCUUCCCAGAUUGGCUCAAGACUUUGUAACAAACUCAUGGCUUCAAGGACUAUCCUCCCGUAGGCUGGGUGAGCUUUCCUAGCUUUGAACCCAUCUGUGGACAGGAUUAUUUAAUCAUCUCAGACAUAUUUCAAGCCUGUGUUUCCUUUUCAGUUAAUAAAUUUUAUCAGCAUUCA